ACCAGAUGGUUUGUUGUUGUUCCGGCAAGCAGGUUGAGAUGGAAGAGCAGAGGUGAAGAAUUCCACAUAAAGACCAAGGGAGACGUUCGACGAAACAAUCAAGCGAAAGAGUCAAGUCCAGAGGAUCUCAUUCUUGUUGUCACUGGAGAGAGAAGAUACUUUCAACGCUUGUGUGUCUCAACUUGAGCUUCCGAGGAAAGCACGUGUUCUGCACGGGCCUCAGAAGCAGGAAGAUAUAGAGAAGAGGGAGGCGGAGAAAGAGAGGGUGAAAGGACGAAGAGCGACAUCACCCUGCCUCGGAAGGGGAGAGACGGGGGUCCUGCGAGGGACGCCGCCAUGCGCGAGGAGGUGUCCUGCAACAGCUCCCCUGAGGGAGGGCGGGGGGGCAGCGAAGAGGAACUGGAGCGGGGAAACAAAAAGAGCGGAGGGCCACCAGGGGGACGCAAAAGAGUACCCUACCCAAAGAAGGACAGCCUCGGUCGGGCUGAGGAGACCGGGAGCACCGGGAGCCCCAACAGCCUGGUUCCCGCCGGGCCCAAACGCUUGAAGAAGAGCCCGCCCUCGGCAGUGGUGUCCAUGGGCCCGUCCUCGCUAGGACCCGGUCCAGAGCAGCCCUUCGAGGACCUCCACACGCAGCGUGUCAUCGCCAACGUUCGGGAGCGCCAGCGCACGCAGUCGCUGAACGACGCCUUCGCCUCGCUGCGGAAGAUCAUCCCCACGCUGCCCUCGGACAAGCUGAGCAAGAUCCAGAUCCUCAAGCUGGCGUCGCGCUACAUCGACUUCCUGUACCAGGUGCUGCAGAGCGACGAGAUGGACGCUAAACUGGCCAGCUGUAACUACCUGGCCCACGAGAGACUGAGCUACGCUUUCUCUGUCUGGAGGAUGGAGGGUGCCUGGGCCAUGUCUGCCAGCCACUAGCCGACCGCUCCCCCGCCCAGUCUCCUCAACCGUCCUCUUGACCUUUGACCGUUGACCUUCGUGACCCCCCCCCCCCCACCGUCUACUCAUAGUCUGUUAGCCUUCCUGCAUCCUUCAUUGCUCUCCCCAUCCCAAAUACACCUCCGACAUACUAUGAUCCCCCCCACCCCCCUUUAGGCCUCAAGCCACUUCACCUUUGACUCAACUCAUCUAGCCUCCUCGAUGCACUCCCCCUCCCCCCCAGCACCCUCUGACAUAUGGACAAAAUUCACCAUCUGAGGAAGAAGUCUGUUCCUGUCUAAGCCACAGUGCCUCCCCCUAAAAGACACAUUGCGCUUGUAUUGAACAAUCAUGUCUCUGUGGACUGGGCACAUGCAUCAGUUUAAGGAACACCUAUCAAGUUUUCUUCAUCCUUGCAGCCUCAAUUCCUUUUGGUCCUCGGAAAUGUUGUACUCUGAAACUUAGUUUGAGGAUACAAGGAUGAUAUUACAAACUCGAUGACUUUUUAUGUACAUCAAGAACAAUGUCUCAAAGGGGGGCCAAAGGACAACGGUCACUCACAGAGGAGAGACGAGACAAUUUAACUGAAAAACUUUUUUCAAAAUGGCCACCUUGGUUCCAUCCCGCAACUCUAUGAUGACAAUCUGCAACUUUUCACUUCAAAGAAGACUAUUUGGGGAAAAAAGUUUUUCUUUUGGGCCAGCUGAACCCCAAGGUCUCUAAUGACGGAGAAGGAUAGUGGGUGGUUGCAGCCAAUGAAUGUUUACAGCAAAAAUGCUAAUAAGCUAAUCGUUCAGGCUCUUAAAUCCUCAUCUUGUGGGAAGCAAAUGUUGAGUAGUCUGACGCAAACAUUUUCAGCUCUUUUAUUAUGCCAACCACUUGAUUCCAGUGUGGUCCUCUGCUUACAGUAGAUUUUGUGUGCUCAUUUUUGCUUGUUCAUGAGAGUUACAUUCUUGAGGUUUGAGUUCAAGUAACUCAUGUUAAAAUCUGUAAUGCAAAGAAAAAAUUACAGUAAAGACUUGGAUAGUUCUACGAUGGUCACUUGGUUUUGUCCAUAUAAAAAAAAAUCCUACUCUUGAAAGUAAUUUGACAACUUCAGACAUUCUGUAAUAAACCAAAGUACAUUAUGAUUGAAGUUUACAUUCUGCUUGCAGUUUAAAGUAUAAAAAUAAUACAACAAAACUGCACUAAAUGCAUUCUCAGUGUUACGUUUAACUUUUAAUUGUCAUCUAUUUUUUUUGUUUUGUUUGUCUUCAGGACAUUUAAUUGACAUUGUUUGCUACAAAUCGAUGGUGGUUUCAUAACUUUGCUUCUGCUUUUUGUCAUUUGUUUGACACUUCUUUUUAAUAAAUGUGCCUCUGUGUAACAUUUUCGGUUGUUGUUAAAGCACUAUUUUAAUAAAAUACAGUAAGUAUAAGAAAGAAAACUAGUUAUGAACACUUUUAUAAUUCUGUUUUAAAAACAAGUCUCCUCUAUUUGCAGUUAUGUAUAUGCACGCAUAUUGAAUUUGUUUAAAGAUAUAAUACAACAAAAAUAAAUGUAGGAGGCAUAACAGUUUUUUCAAUAUCAACAUGAAACAUAUGAUGUAUGGGAAAUUUGAUGUGGGAAAGCUUCAUUAAUGUUAUGUUCAUACCAGAAUAUCUUUCUGUCUAUUGUAGUUAUUGACGAGUCUCCUAUUGAUAGUAUAAAUUACUUUGAAAAGAACAAUACCAAACCUCCAGCAAUCCAUAAAUAUGAUUUCCCUUUUUAUUAAGGAAAUACAUUUUAAAGAAAAAAAGUCGUAAAAAAACCCUGGUGAAAAUACAAAGUUAUAGUUAUAUAAUAUAUACACACACGUGUGUGGGUAUGAAAUUUACUGUACAGAGUACAAAGAAACCAGUAAAUUGUCAAAAAGUAAAAGAAUAAAAUCACCUAUACUUGGCUUUUUUCUUUGUUUAAGAUCCAGUUCAUUAAGGCUACCUUUACACAGGUUUGUCAGCAUGAUUCAAGGCACAUGGGAGCAUGCGUUCAUAUUAAGACGUCAACGUUCACUUCACAAGUGACAGUGUCAUGAAUGUCUUCUUGAUAUACUUCACUAAAGACAACUGCAAACAAAACUGAAUACAACUUCCAAAAAAUAGCAA